AUGUCCGGCUUCGAUUACUCGAAGUGGGACCGACUCGAAAUAAGCGAUGAUGAGACCACGUUCCACCCGAACCUGGACACCGGCUUGAACAUCCGCGUGAACAGAAUAACACGAGAUAGAAAAGAAGAGGAGAUCGAAAGCGAGAAGCAGAAGCUUAUCGAGAAGGGUGAAAAGGACAAGGCGGAGAAGCUGGAGUCCAAACGGCCCUUGCACAUCAACAACGUCUGCCAUGUGGCCGAGGAGCGCACCAUCAUCCAAUCCAGUGACGGGUCUAGAAAAGACAAGCUGAAGAAGGGCGAGGAGUCCUUCAGUGUGGAUGACUACUCCCUUUUUAAAACAGACAACAAGGCCAUUCUGGACAAGUUCGCCAACGCCGAUUGGGAGACGUCCGAGGGUCUGUGCAAGGAGUAUGGGCACAUAUUGAUGGAUGAUUAUGCCAACAGCUAUUUUAUGUUGGCCGCCCUGGACGCCGAGAUGAAGGGCGACAGAAAGGAGAUGGAGAAGCUGGCAAGACAGGGCCAGAUCAUCUCGCAGAUCCAUCAGCUUGCUGAGCCCAUGCGACGGCCCGCGCGCGAUCUUGUGCCGCGAUUCUUUGAAAAGUUCCGCAAUGAUGCCUCGAGGGCGGCAUUUCAGGAGGGCGUGGAUCACUUCAAGAAGCAUUUGAUCCAGAGAGCCAUUGUCAAAAAGCAGGAGGAGGCCGAGGAAGCGAAGAAAGCACCUCCUCAACCAGAAGUGGCCGAAGAGGACAUGGAGCCCGUGUCACUUGUAGAGGCCAUGUACAGCAUGUCAAAAGAGGAGCGGAUGGGGCCUGAAGGUCUCGACCCAGUGGAGGUCUUUGAGAGCCUCCCCUCAGAGUUGCAGGAGUGCUUCAAGACUGGGGAUGUGGAAAUGCUCAAGCAGGUGGCGCAGAGCAUGGAGCCCAAGGACUUCGAGCACCACUUUCAGCGCUGCAUCGGAGCAGGUCUCUGGAGCCGAGGAUAG